GCUGAGCGCCUGGAGCCGGCCCCAUGACCCUGAGUACGUUGACCCGCGAGAGGAAAGCGCCCCCCGCCUGCACCUGCAGCCUCAGUGGCCCCGACAUGAUCCCCUACUUCUCCGCCAACGCGGUGAUCUCGCAAAACGCCAUCAACCAGCUUAUCAGCGAGAGCUUUCUAACUGUGAAAGGUGCUGCCCUUUUUCUACCCCGGGGAAAUGGAUCGUCCACACCAAGAAUCAGCCACAGGCGCAACAAGCAUGCAGGCGAUCUCCAACAGCAUCUUCAAGCAAUGUUCAUUUUACUCCGCCCAGAAGACAACAUCAGACUGGUGAGUCUUACCAUCAUAACUCUGCUUCUGCUCCAUCCCAGGGCUAGGAAUAAAUCAAAUAGAAAAGAGGAUGAUAGCAUGACCGGCCUUGCCGGCAGCAUGGCAUCCCCCAGGGGCUACACCAGAGAGACGCAACAUAGAGGCCCGUUGAAUGGACUGAGGACUGGGGUACUCUACCGUUUCUUGUCUUGCAGCAGCACGUGCACCAUGGGCUUAGUCCUGCCUCUCUGGAGCGACACCCUCAUUCAUUUGGAUGGUGAUGGUGGGUUCAGCGUAUCAACAGAUAACAGAGUGCAUAUAUUCAAGCCUGUAUCUGUGCAGGCAAUGUGGUCUGCCCUACAGAGUUUACACAAGGCUUGUGAAGUGGCCAGAAUGCAUAACUACUACCCAGGAAGCCUCUUUCUCACGUGGGUGAGUUAUUAUGAGAGCCAUAUCAACUCCGAUCAAUCCUCCGUCAACGAAUGGAAUGCUAUGCAGGAUGUGCAGUCCCACCGGCCGGACUCACCUGUGCUCUUCACAGACAUACCAACUGAGCGUGAACGAACAGAAAGACUCAUUAAAACCAAGCUAAGGGAGAUUAUGAUGCAGAAGGAUUUGGAGAACAUUACAUCCAAAGAGAUAAGAACGGAGUUGGAAAUGCAAAUGGUGUGCAACUUGCGAGAAUUCAAGGAAUUUAUAGAUAAUGAAAUGAUAGUAAUCCUUGGUCAGAUGGAUAGCCCUACACAGAUCUUCGAGCACGUAUUCUUGGGCUCGGAAUGGAAUGCCUCCAACUUAGAGGACCUGCAGAACCGAGGGGUGCGGUACAUCUUGAAUGUCACUCGAGAGAUAGAUAACUUUUUCCCAGGAGUCUUUGAGUACCAUAACAUCCGGGUAUAUGAUGAAGAGGCAACAGAUCUGCUGGCCUACUGGAAUGACACGUACAAAUUCAUCUCGAAAGCAAAGAAACACGGGUCUAAAUGCCUGGUGCAUUGCAAGAUGGGGGUGAGUCGCUCCGCCUCCACCGUGAUUGCUUAUGCAAUGAAGGAAUAUGGCUGGAAUCUGGACCGGGCUUACGACUACGUGAAGGAAAGGCGAACCGUGACCAAGCCCAACCCCAGCUUCAUGAGACAACUGGAAGAGUACCAGGGGAUCUUGCUGGCAAGCAAACAGAGGCAUAACAAGCUCUGGAGAUCUCACUCGGACAGCGACCUCUCGGACCACCACGAGCCCAUCUGCAAGGCAGGACUAGACCUCAACAAGAAGGAGAUCACCACUUCAGCGGACCAAAUUGCGGAGGUGAAGACCAUGGAGAGCCACCCCCCGAUACCCCCCGUCUUUGUGGAACACGUGGUCCCACAAGAUACAACCCAGAAAGGCCUGUGUGCCACCGAAAGAAUGAUCUGCUUGGAGUUUACUUCUCGGGAAUUUCGCGCUGAGCAGCUAGAGGAUGAGUUAAACCUAAAUGACAUCAAUGGGUACCCAUCCGGGUGUUGUCUGAAGGAGUCAAAACUCCCCCUUGAUAACUGCCAUGCAGCCAAAACCUUCAUCCCAGCUGGACAGGCCCCAGAAAUGACCAACGACUUCCCAGACCUAGAAGUGGAAGACUUGGAGGCCGACGCGCUGAGAGCAGACAUGAACGUCCACUUGCUGCCUAUGGAAGACCUGACGUCUCGCCUGAAAGACCUCCCCAUGUCCCCUGACCCGGGGUCACCGAGCCCCCAGCCCGCUGGCCAGGCCCAAGUCUCUGAUUUCAGUACAGACCGCAUUGAUUUUUUUAGUGCCCUAGAGAAGUUUGUUGAGCUGUCCCAAGAAACCCGGUCCCAGUCUUUCUCCCACUCCAGGACGGAGGAAUCGGGUGGCGGAAGGAGUGAGAGCUGCCGAAUGUCUGUGACAGAAGUGACGCCUUCUGAAGUGGCCGCUGAUGACCAGAGAAGUAGCUCUCUGAGUAACACUCCCCAGGCCUCGGAAGACUCUUCGAUGGAUGAGGAACAGGCCAAGGCAGUCUCAGAGCUGGUCAGCCCAGACUCCUUCGUGCCGUCCCACACAGAGAACGCCGUUUCGGUCAAAGGCAUCAUCACCGAGAUUGAGUCCAUCAGUCAAGGGAUGGGACAGAUUCCACCGAAGGGAGACGCCCUCCCCAACCCUUGCCAUACACCAAAGAAGAACGCCACGCAGGAGCUGCCGGUGGAGCGGGCCCACGCCCCGGACAGCAAGCCUGGGGGCCCGGAGCAGCACGAGGGGCCUGAACUAGCCAAAGACGCCAGGAAGUGGGACCCAGAAGGCUGCCUCGCCACGCGUUCCUUCGCGCCAGACGUGGAGGAAGAGGAACUAGCCGAAGGAGAGCCAGAGCUCCGAGGCCCAGGGAUGCACCCCGGUGCCAAGUGGUACCCGGGCUCCGUAAGGCGAGCCACGCUGGAGUUUGAAGAGCGCCUGCGGCAGGAGCAAGAGCAGCAUGGGGCCGCGCCCGGGAGCACCUCGUCGUCCACCCGCAAGAAUUCCAAGAACGAGGCUCUGGUGGCGGACCUAGCACCUAAAGGGAAGAGUGAUGAAGCUGCUCCGGAACUCUCAGUUGCCCCCAAGGAAUCAGGGAUGAGCCAGGCCAGAGGGGAGUGCGGGGCACCUGAGGCUGCCUCAGGGCCCCUCGCCAACCAGAAGGCCAGUGCUCCACCAUCCCAGCCCUUGCCAGCUCUGAGGGAGUGCCCAGGCUCCAAUGCCAGAGUGCAGCAGGAAGGAGACCUGACGGAGCAGGGCCCUGAGCACCCGUGCCCGGCACCUGAGACCCAGGCAGUACCUCUUACCCUUCCCAAGAGGAUCGAGAUCAUCGAGUACACACACCCAGUUACAUCACCGGAUCACCCCGCGCCAGGGGACGACAGAGCCUCCCCCGAGAAGAGUGGCCCAGACCCAGGGCUGAGGAAGGUGACGGUGGAGAAGCCCUUUCCCAUGCUCUGUGCCCUGGAUGAAAACCUCAACCGGACUCUCUGCCCCCACCAGCUUCCUCUGCGCCCCAAGGUGCUCCCCCUGCCACACGCUUCCUCUCCUGAGCACUGCAGGCCCCCCAGCCUAGCCUCCACCCUGAGCAGCCCUGAAGACAGGAGCGGCAGCCCAGCGACACCCCAAGAGACAGCAUCACCUCUCGCCAGUCACACAACCCACGUGCUACCUGCCGACUUGGACAGCCCGCAGUCGCAGACCGUGGUUCACCUGGAGGGCUCCACGGAGCAGAGCAGCAGCACGGACCCAGAGCCCUCCACCUGGCAGGACAGCUGGGAACAAAGCCAGGGGGGACCCCUCUGCAGGGCCACAAAGGUGCCGCACACGGGCUCCCGGUUAAAUAACAACAACCUAAGCCUCAUGAGCGACGUAGGUGACCCCCCUGAGGAGUUACAAGAGAAACUGGGUCCUUCACCCCGAGCUGCUUGGCUCUCACAUAGCUCCAGUAGUGACAAUUUAAAGAGUCUCAGCCACAGCGCCGCCGGUGUGGUGAAGGAACGUGCUAAAGCAAUCGAGUCCCGAGUGACUUGCCGCCCAGGACUCAUCACGCCAUCCAGCCACAUGAGACGCUCUGCUUCCCUCGCCAAGUUGGGCUACUUGGACCUCUGUAAAGACUGUUUCUCGGAGAGAGAGCCUGGCUCCUCUGGAUCCCCUCGUCUCAAACGGCUUCAACCCUGCACCAGGACGCACUCAGGCACGCAUGCCGUGGAGGCCCAGGACCCCCCAGAGAGCCCGGAGCCCACCAAGUAUUCCUUAGACCAACUCAAAACAGCCGAGUGCGUCGCGCAGAGCAAGCCGGUGGAGAGGCCCCUUGUGCAGUAUGCCAAAGAAUUCGGUUACAGUCAGCAGUGCGCGCUCCCCGGGGCCGGGCCUGGAUUGACUAGCUCCGAAGGAGGCCUCCCCUGGCUGCAGACCCAGGGCCCCCAGGGUGCAGGCCCAGCGCCCGUCCCACCGGUGGCACCCCGCCAGCAGCAUGGCAGGACUCACCCCCUAAGGAGACUUAGAAAGGCGAAUGAUAAAAAACGGACCACCAACCCCUUCUAUAACACCAUGUGAUUCUGAGCCUACACAUGUGACUUUGGAAAAGAAAUGUCUGUAAAAGGGGCAGGUGUAAUACGUAAGGAACAUGCACUUUAUUGGUUAAUUUUAUAACGUUUUGGUCAUUUUACUGUUCCUGGCGCAUGCAGGGUUUGGGUUGUGUGUGGUGUGUAUGUGAGGGAGAGAGAGAGAGAGAGAGAGAUUUGAACUGCAAGACCCUAUGUCUUUUCCCUUUGAUUUUAAAAACCUCAACAACAAAAAAAGAAGCUCAUUUUCAAAGAACACCUUUAUCAGUGACAAAUCGCUGGGUUUUGUGUUUUCCAAUCAGCUGCCCGCUGCUCGUGUCUGCCCUCUGAGAAAAGGUGUACUUGCUUGGCAGGGGCGGAAGCUGGGCAUGCCCCCCAGGACACGGGUGGUGGGCUGGUUCCCAGAGCUGAGGUUUGGGAAGGGCAGCCAACUGUAGUGGGAUGGGGGGGGUGAUGCCUCUGUCCCAGGCUGCAGCCGGUCCUGAGAUGGGCAGCUUCUGCUUUGUUUUAUAAGGGGUCUCCCAGAAUCCAUUUCUUCUGGUAGCGCAGGGCCCGUCGUCACAGAAAAAGGCUUUCAAUGGCUGGCUUUCAAUUGACCAAGCACAUCGUUGUUUUCCCCCCCAAGCAAAUUGUUUGACAUUUAAGUUAAAAAUGAACCCCCAAUGAAACCCAGGAGAUUGUCUCUCCUCAUGGAAAGCCCGGCAGGUGGGGGGAAGGAGCCGAUGGCGAGACUGCGGGGUCGGUGGCAUCCACGCAGGGGUCUUCCUGGACUUGCCGUCGCUCAGCUGCAUGAGGGACAGGCUUAUGAAACGCGGUCCAGACGCAGUGUGUCCUUGCAGAAUGGAUGCGUCCACUGAUAGGGUUUAACCCUGCCAUGACUUGAAUAACUCUGUGGUCUCUGAGUUUAAGGCCCACCCCAUACCCCACCACCCCAUUAAUUCCCCUCCGUUUGCUCUUUCCCCAGCGCUGUGUUUGCCUUGUGUUUUUAAUUUCAUACAUGCGAUUUCAGUUGUUACAUGACACCCUAUAACCUCCGUUGAGAGCAGUUUUCUACAUUUCCACUGUUAACACUUGACAUAAGCUGCCGGGGAUGUUUUUGGUUUUGCUUUUUUUAGGGUGGGGGAGUUGUCUGUUUUCCUUUCUUCCCUUCCCCUUCUCCUGGAAGGCUUGUCGUUUCUCGAGAGUCGAUACACAGUAUUUAUGUACAUAAUGUCAUUUUCUUAGUGUUUCAUUGUUGAUGUUGUAGGAUCUUUUCGAUUUGUUCUUUUUAAGAAGGAUGGCGUUAAGCUGCAACUGGAAAACCCAGAAAGGCACCCCAGACAGAAAGCGUCUGCACAGUGCGCCAUGAUGGCUUCAGUUGUUUAGAUGGAGAGUUCUCAUCUCCACUUCCUGCCGGAUAUGUGCUUGUGACUUCCUCCCCCUCCCGGAAGCCCCGACGGCUCCCGUUAGAUCGCUGUUUGACUGGAGACUGCAAUCCAAGCCAUGGUUUGCCAUUAGCCGAACUGCACACAGCCAAGGGCGGCCGCUCCUUAUGGCCGUGGGGAAGUGAGGCCGCGCAGGGCAGGGGGAGGGCUAAGGGCCAGGGCAGCUUGCCUGGUAAUGACUCCUUUUAGCUGCUCUGCUUUGCUGCUGUCGUGGACCUGCGUACCCAGGACCCCUGCCAUAAACACUCCAGCUCCUGGAGGAAACACAUCCAGCCUGGAAUGGAACACCCACCACCCACCAGAUCGGAGGCGGUUCGCAAUUCUGCUUGCUGCCGACCUUGCUGAGAGAUUGGCUAGGUGCAGACUCGCGGCUGAGGUGUGUGGUGUAUCACCCCACUGAUGCCGAGACCCCCGGGCUGAUGGCAGAGGCCAGAGUUUAGUGAGGGCAGGCUGCCGAGGGGCCCCCGGGAGUGAGGAAAGGUGGACUGAAGCCACUCCCAGGUGCUCAAGAGGAGCUGGAAGUCCAGGUGCCACGUGGAAGCCACAGUUGGAGGGCUGGUGUCGCUGCCAGGAGGCAGAUUGGCCAGAAACUGCCUGUGAAAAGUGUGUUUGUGGUGUGGUGGUUGUGUAUAACCGUGCUGUCCCUAAGUAGCUUUCCUAAAUGUUGACAAUGUGCCACCGUACUGCUUUGUGAUUCCUGCGUGGUUAAUGUGCGUGGUGUUUGAGGGGGCGUGUACCAGGUGAGGUGGCGUGGGAGACAGGGUUAGACUCUCCAGGGCUCAUCCAUCCCAAGUGCCCAUUCCUGUGCGGCAAGUCCACCACCAAUAUGGUGGGAGAGGACAGGAAAUUGGGGCGUUUGUCAGGAGAGGAGGAAGUGGCAGGCGCCCGCUCAUGCCAACCCGGUGAGAUGGCGACAUCCCGCCCGCACGCUGAGGAGUAAAAGCAGCAUCAACAAACAGCGACUGUGCUGAUUCCUUUUCAGCCACCGCUGUUUCACGCCAGAGCAAGCGACAAGAGCCAGGGAGAAGCCCUCUAAGGCUGUGCAGACCCGACGGUUCUGUUUGAAGAGGGCAGGAAGCCGUCUUCCGCCCUCAAAGCCGUGUUUUAUCAUUUCCUUGACCUGCCUAAAGAAACAGCAGUGCACAGGGUCUGUAAUGCCGCCAUGCCAGGGGCCUUGCCCGCCCCCUCCCCCAGUUGGGUCCACUUGUGGUCACAUGACUGGGCCAGGUCCCAGGGAGCUGUAGACUUUGGUAUCAGGGACUUCUCAGUCUUACUUCUCUUCAAACUUCGUGAGACCCUCUAGUGGCCUGUCUGUCUGUGUGUCUGGAAAAUCCAGACCGGGAACGGCAGGUCUGAUCGACUGACAGAACUGAUGAGGGAGAGCCUGGGCCUCAGGCCCAGGGCCUCUCUCUGCUGUUAUCCCCCCAACCUCCAGUCUGAUUCUCAUCUCUGGAGGGCUGUGCGGGCAGGCCUGUGUGCACACUGAAGUAAGAGUGGCCACAUGCUGGUGCCUGGGACCAAAGGCCCCCGAAUACACUGGUUUUGAGCUGUCCCCUGGGUUGGCCGCUUGGUUGGUGAGAGAAGUGACAGGCCUUCUGGGCUUGGGACACUGGCGUGGACUGGGUGCUGUGACGGAUAAUGCGCAUUGGUCCUCGGUUUGGGCUGCCUGUGCUCUGGGAUCAUUCCUAGCAUCUCCAUCCCUCGAAGCCCUUUCUCCAGAACUGUCUCCAGGUUCUGCACCUUUGACCACCCCCCCACCCCACCCCCACAUUCUCUUUUCUCGAGGGGGGACAGCCCAGACUCUGGGGGCUCCUCCGGUCCCUGAGCCCCAGAUAGAUGCUGUUGGCUAGACCUGUGGCUUCCUGCAAGAAGCCGGCAACUAUCGGCAGCCGUUCCCUCUGAGGGGCUCAGGGCGGAAGUCACUUCUGCAUACUUGGCAGAAGAGUUUUUGAAGGAGCUAUUUCUUGUUCUUCUAAGAAAGCAUUAUGCAAAACUGAUCUCAAAGGGCAUUAACGAUUUUUUAACGGCCUUGCUUUGGCUUUUAGGACACCUAUUUGUGGAUACUUUGUUUACAUUAUGAGUAUUAAAACCUGCAUCAGCUGGUCAGCCCCUCGUGGCUCCUUCCUGUCCAGGGACCCCCGCCAGAACCGUCCUGGGCAUCCUCUCUCAGCAUUUCCCUAGUGAGCAGCCCCGGGGAUGAGUGGGGACAGUCGGGAGCUGACGUUCACUUGUGCCCCCUCCUCUCCCCCCCCACACACACACUUUGUGUGGAAAAUAGUGGCAGUUUCCCCCGUGAUGGUGUCUUAUAGUGAUGGUUCUCAUGGUGAAUGGCUAGUGACAUUUCUCAAUUUAGUUUUUUCUUUCUGGUGGUAAGGCAAAAUGCAAUGUUAGCUAUUUCCUCACCAACCCAACUUAGAAGUGUCUUGGAUUUUCUUUACCCGUCCAAACCAAAAGUCCGAUCCAGGCAUGCAUGUGGCGUGCGCGUGAUGUGCUGCCUCCACCCCUGUGACAUCCGUAUCAGGAAACCGCCUGCUGCCACCACGGGAAGCUACCUACUCCUACCCUUCCCCCUCCCGGGGCCUGGGGGGUCCCUUGAUGCCAGGGGGAGCUAUCGCAAGGUGCUUCUCUGCUUCCCCAGCUUGGAAGUAGAGGUGACUGGGCUCGACUCCUGCUGUGAAGAAGCCAGUCUCAGGUUCUCAGUGCCCCAGAGAUCUAGGGCAGGAUUUCGAAAUUAGAAUCACUCCUCACCAGCUUGAAGAGCCCCACCACCACCACCCCUACCAUCCAUCCCCUCCCCCAGCAGUGUGUCCUCACAGCAGUGACGGCCCAGCCCGCGUACAUACGCAGAGCUGAACCCUGCGCUGAAGUCACCGAACUGACGGCCCACUCAGAACCCCCCGGUACCCGGCCCCAAAUGUUCCCAGUCCACAAGCCCAGGGUGUCGGGUGGGUCUUAUGUUUUGUUGGGUUUGGGGAUUGUUUGGCAUAGCUUACGGUGCCUUUUGUUUGUUUCUAUUUUGUUUUUUCAGGACUUGUUUAGAAUCUGGAAAACAAGUCCAGAAGAUUCUCCCACCGACUGUUCCCUUUGCCCCAGACCACCCCAAACCUUGAAGCUCACGUUUUUGUUAA